AACUGACAAGUGACAACGACUUGAUAAAUUUAUUGAUAAUAUUGGAUAAUACAAUUAAUAAUAUUCUUGAAAUUCAGCUAAUAUUUUGGAUAAAAACUUUUGCCUACAAUUUCAACUGUUCUUGGAUGUAAUCAUCUACCUGAAUCUAAUAAAUUUAUUCACUGUAAAGUUGCACUUAAAAAUAAACAUAAACAAAGUCUAAUUAAACAAACUCAAAAUGGGUGAACGCAAAGGAACAAAUUUGUACUAUCCACCAGACUACAAUCCCAAAGCUGGUGGACUAAAUAAAUUUAUGGGUACUCAUGCACUUCGUGAACGUGCACGUAAACUUCAUGAGGGUAUACUGAUAAUACGUUUUGAAAUGCCAUUUAAUAUUUGGUGUGAUAAAUGUAAUAAUCAUAUUGGCAUGGGAGUACGUUAUAAUGCUGAGAAAAAAAAAAUUGGAAUGUAUUAUACAACACCACUUUAUCAAUUUCGAAUGAAAUGCCAUUUGUGUGAUAAUCAUUUCGAAAUAAAAACAGAUCCAGCUAAUUUUACGUACAUUAUUGAGAGUGGAGCAAGAAGACAAGAAAAUCGUUGGGAUCCAAUCGAAAAUGAACAAGUUGUUCCAGAAACAAAAGAAGUAUCAAAUAGAUUGCAUGACGAUGCAAUGUACAAAUUAGAACAUGGUGUUGAUGAUACAAAAAAAGCAAGAUCACAAGAUUACAGAUUAAAUAAAAUAAUUGCUACAAAUAAUUUACAAUGGAAAGAUGAUUUUUCAUCAAAUUGUGCAUUACGUGAUGCAUUUAGAAAGAAAAAAAAUGAUGAAAAAAAUAGCAAAAAUAAAUCAUUAUUAAUAACAAAAGUUGGAGUUAAUUUUCCACUAAUUGAAGAGCACAAAGAUGACAUACAAUUGGCACAAUUAUUAAUGAAAAAUAAAAAAAAUGAAAAAAGAAAAAAAUUACCACAUGAAAAAAUAUUAUCACAUUUAAAAAUAACGAAAAAAAAUAAAAUAGUUAAUAAUAAUUCAAAAGCUGGUUCAUCAAAAGAACAAAAAGUUAUAUUACCUAAAAUUAAUUCAGAGCCUAGUCCAUGUACAUCACUUGUCAGCUAUGAAUUAAGUUCAGACAGUGAUGAAAAAAAUUCACCUUAAAUUUGGUUACCUGUUUAAUUAAUUUAUUUUUCUGUGUAUA